CACGCACAAUGGCAGACUGACAAAUGAAUCCACUCGCAAUGUAUCACGACAGCAGCAUCGCAUCUUUCCGUCCAACAAACGACUCAACAUACACUACCUACAGAGCUACAGAAGCCGGCUACUUUACACACCUGACGAUAAACGUCUUCACGGCCUAUCUCUCGGCGCAGCUGCAGCGUCUUCACUCGUCGAUCUCCUCCCACACGCGCAUGCCCAUCUCGGCGCCCACACACCGCACAAACAGCUCAUGCGUGCCGUCGUGAGGCGCACCCUCGUCGCAGAAGACUCCCAGCGACACCGACACGCUGUCGGCCGCCUCCUCACGCAGCACGUGGAAAUACGCGAGGAAGGGGGACGUCGUCUUGUCGGUGAGCAGGAACAGCCGGUAGCUGAGGUUGGGCGACCUGAGCCUCACGCGACAGACGGUGGGGCUGCUGGCGCCGUCUGCGAGCAGAGAGAGGCACCGCUGCCUGAGGGACGACCCCGCGCGCGUCGACCGGCACGUCUUGACGGCGUGGUGCAUGCUGUCCUUGACGGAGAGGAGCAUCUCGGUGACCAGGGAGGUGAGGGACGGCAGGUCAGCGUGUUCGGGCACACUGACAGGGGGAUUGUCGGCGUCAUAGUCGUCGGGGAACAGCGGAGAGGCUGCGUCGAGGAGGGAGUAUUGCUGGUAGCGGCCGCCCUUGGUGUAGUUGAAGAUGCUGGUGGAUGCCGAUCCAUCAACCCACUGCGCGAAUGUCCGCUUGUCGACCUCCAGCCGGGCAGCCAGAACACGCCACUGCCGCAUCGCCUCCGGCUGCCCCACAAAGGCCUCCUUGUUGCUGCUGACGACAGCAAAGCUCCCUUCGCCCAACACGAGCGGCUUCCUCCUGUGCAGGUAGAGGAUGGUCAGUGGCGCCUUCCAUCGUGUCCAGUCACCACAACCCUCAAAGAAGAAUAUGCGGCGGACGAGCUGAAUGAUGACAGGCUGUGACGAGCUGAGCAGGGGCAGCUGAGGGAUGGUGACGAUCAGAAUGGCGCCGAGGAGGGCGUCGAGGGCGGCGAGGAAGCGGGCGAGCUGCUGCUGGAAGAAGGCCACACCGAAGAGGGCGUGGAAGGCCUUGCUGGAGCGGCGGAAGCACAGCAAAGAGGCCACGCCGACGAAGGGUGCAAUGUCGCUCUGCACCACUGCCGGCGGCAGGCCGGCGAAGACGUCCGAGGAGCUGCCGCCAUGAUGAUCCGCAGACGACUCACUUGCAGCCUCUACCGACUCCUCUUCUGCACACACACACACACACACGCACACACAGAAGUAGAGCAUCAGCAACGCAUCCGGCUAUCACAUGCGUGUGCCAUGUGCGAGAUCCUGACUGCAUUUGGGCGGGGAUCACAGUUUCCCGCCCGCGUGUGGCCGCUCGUGCACACGUCACGAUGCAUGCGUGCACCACCCAUCCCGCCCUUGCGUACCUUCAGCAUCCGUCUGCACAAUUGUCUGCACGACAUCGCAUCUGACGCAGUUGCCCAUCCUGGUCAGACAAAGACGAUGGCUGAUCUCCUUCAGAAGGGGAGAAGGCACGGCAGGG